AAUUUAAUACAACUAGUAUGGCUGAAAACAGUGAUAGUGUUUUAACAAAUAGUGAAAACGGUUCUAAUUCACCCAAAUCCGGCCACCAGUGUGAACAAGGGAAACCCGCAACGGAAAAUGAUAAUGUUACAGCAGCAGACACAACCCUGAUACCGGAGGCUACUAGCACAGGUACUACCGGCGUGGUGCUGGAUGAAAAGUACUCAAAUGGAGAUAUUGGUACGUCGGCGGAUUCUAACACAUCAGAGGAAACAAACAUCACUAACAGAAAAUGUAAGAGCCGAAAACUAAGAAUUAAAAAAGCAAAAAAGCAGAAUGGUUCCGCAUUCCGGACGAACAGUCUUGGGAGCGGUGUUAGAACACCACCAUCAGAAAGGAAAGGGAAGUUUUCGUUAGGAAAAUUGUUAAGACCCUGGAAAUGGAAACGAAAGAGGAAAUCAGAUAAGCUAGAAGCUGUGUCUAGAACUUUAGAAAGAAAAAUAUCGGUCCGAGCCAAUAGAGACGAGUUGAUCUCAAAAGGGAUCUUAUUACCAGAGAGCCCACUUUCUUCUUCUAAAUCCGAGCCAGGUGACUCGAAUUCACCAUCUUCAUUCCCUCCCAUGUCCGACUAUAGACUCAAUCAGCCAACCAGUUUGCCGCCCAAUAUUGCCUUGCCUCAGCAACCCGCCUCGCAGCAUCCGGCUUACCCACCGCCCUACCCCAAUCCGCCUCAUGGGAAUUCACCGUUACCAUCCAUGAACCAUAAUCUACUCCAGCAACAGCUGCUCCAGAAUCCCCAUUUCGCUGCUGCUAGGGAUAACGUCGGAAAUAGUCCGUUGUCUGAGCCCAAAAAAGAUAAGACUGAUGGAAACAAUGCUCAGAACGGCGCCAUGUCCCCUAAUGGGGAAAGGCCGCUUCACGUCGCUCAACCCACUAAUCAAUCAGGGGAGGAUAGUCGUAAACCAGAACGGCCAAGCACUUUGGGUCACGGGAAGCUUACCCGAAGGUUAUUGUGUUACCACAGUGAACAUUUUGAUGGGCCACAAAUCGGCCCCCCCGGAUCGACACCACCAGCUCAAGAAAAGCAAUCACAUGGACUGCAUCUCGUUCAGCCGCCUCUGCCACCUCCAAACGCAGGACAUCCUCAAUUCAUCCUGUCGGAGUUGCCAGAGCCUCCUAUUCCGGUUUCAGAGAUAGGACCAAUUCCUCCUCCUCCCAUGUUCAGUUCGCCCAGCCCUCAGCUGAGACGACCGCCUAGUCCUUUGCCUAAUCCCGCUGAUUACGAUUACGAAGAUAAUGAGGACGACGACGAUUACGAUGUCGAAUGUGACGAGGAAAAUUCGUACAUGUACCGAAUGCCCCAACCAGAUCCCGCUAUCGAUACUAGUAGAAUCGACGAGAUACCCGCGAAAGAGCCACGAUUCAAUGCUAUGCCUUUGAAGUCGGCCCUCAAAAAGAAGAACAGUGGGGGGUUAACUCCGCAAGGUACUCCAACGCAAGAAAACAAACCGUUAGGCGUCAGACAACAGGAACAUAAUUGUAGCUUUAAAAGGCCACUGUCAAGGCCGAGGAUUAAAUUCUGCACUUCCAAGCCUAAAUUCAUCUUGGGGCUCUCUGCCACAAUGGAAAAUAAGGAAAACACGCGUCCUUACGCAAUGAUAAGGGAAGAUGAUACUGAUUCCGAUUCGAAUGACGGACCAAUCCCAUAUCGGGAUGAUGAUAACCAUCUUUCCGAAGAGACGAGAUUGGCAAUCAAAAUUGCCAGGAAAGAAAGCCUAUCACUGAAACUGGCUUUAAGGCCGGAUAGGCAAGAACUGAUCAAUAGGAAUAUUUUGCAAAUUCAAUCGGAAAAUGAAAGGCAGAGUGAAAAAGAAGCCAUUGGAGCCAAGUUGAUCAGACGACUCAGUAUGAGACCAACUCAAGAAGAAUUAGAAGAGCGCAACAUUUUAAAAAAACAAAGCCCAGCGGAGGAAAAGAAGCAAAGAGAAGAGAAAAAACGAUUUUUGUUAAGGAAAUUAAGCUUUCGACCCACCGUUGAAGAGCUGAAAGAGAAAAAAAUAAUACGAUUCAAUGAUUACAUUGAAGUUACUCAAGCCCACGACUACGAUAGAAGAGCCGAUAAACCUUGGACAAGACUAACUCCAAAGGACAAAGCAGCUAUAAGAAAGGAAUUGAAUGAAUUUAAAAGUUCUGAAAUGGAUGUGCACGAAGGCAGUCGUCAUUUGACCAGAUAUUACAAAAUAAACACUAAAAUUGUCCAUAGGCCGGGAGUGGUGGUUAGGGCCAGGGCACCGAUUAAGCCCAAUUUUAAACAAAAUAUGUUUUAUAUAGUAGGAUAGAGUUAGUUUUCUUUAUUAUGGAUGUAGGGGUAGUAAUUUUAUGUUCCAUAGGCCUUGACGAUUGACAGGCUUAAUCUUAGAAGAAAACCAAAUUUCUGUGAUGGGCAUAGAUGUAGGUUUUAUUAAUUUUGCCGUGAGCGCUUAAAGUGAUGUUGGAUAUACGACAUUUAAUGAAACUGUAAUAAUAAAAAUAAUAAGAUAAUGAUAAUAAUAAUAUGAAUAGUUACACUUGUUGUAUAAAUUACCUGUAAUAAUUCUUGUUUUUGUAAAUAAGUAAUUUUGUAUUACUGUAAAACGUUUUAAUGGUAGUAGUAGAUUAGAAGUUAAAACUGUUAACUUGGAUAAAAGGGACAGAGUUUUUGUCAGGUUGCAAGUGGGAGCCUUUUUACGUCACCGAAGCAGAUAACUAAAUAUUAGUUUAAUUUGCCAAAGUAAAAAGUAUAUUUUACACGGCAAACAACACUGUCCCAUCGUAGGUGUUAAAUUUAGUAAUAUGUAAAUAGACUUUCUUAAGUAGAUGUAAAAUGAAUCUGCGUAAAUGCAUCACUUAAUUACAUUUAUUCAAUCCACAAAUUAAUUUCCCAGCCCUAAUUGAAUAUAUGUUUUUAAACCACGCUGUAUUUUUUUUUGGUAAUAUUCAUAAUUUAGCUUGGGUCAGUAGAAUACCCAGUAAUUUUAAAAGUUUAAUUAAUCUUGUAAAAUUACAUUGCAAAAAUUCUACAUUGUAUGAUAGUCCUUAAGAUUAAACGCGAUAUGCUAUACACACUAAAUUGUAGUUUUUACAUGACCCCACUUCAAAAAGUAUGUAAUUUUAUUCUUCUAAUUUGAAAGUUUAUAUUUUUGUACUUCUUCAGAUAUGAAAUCGCUUUUAUGUAAAAUGCAUAAUACAGUAAUUAGUGUCAAUCACAUAUCCAAAAUUUAGAGAUUCUAAAAAUCAGAAGAUGCGGAAAUAUAUAUCGAUUAAUAAAACACUUUAUUUUAACGUAGAAUUAUUUUUAAUAAAUACCGUUCGUUUUGCAGAUACUUAGUACUACUUUUACUGUUUUGUAUUAUAAUUUCGGUAGCAAAAAUGUAUUUGUAGUAAUUUUAAACCAUUGUAUUUUCUUUACUCUUCACGUCAGCAGCAUUCAGCUAGCAAUAUUUAUGAACUUGAAAAAUUUGCUGAAAAGUAUACAUAUGCCCAGCUUGUCAAUGUUUAAAUAAGGAUUGUUUUACAAUAAAUAAGUUGCGGAAGUGUAAAUACAGUUCUACUAAUUGUAUUUCAUUUUUUGGUUCAGUUUUCAUAUCUGAAUUCAUAAAUAAAUAGAUCACAUUUGUACAAUAAAAAGUAUUGUUUAAUUUGUCUUGUGAACGUCGCAUUUAUAAACUAAAUUGAAUUUUACUUCUUAACCACCACCAUCAUAAAUAUGGAAUAAAAUCAAAGUAAUUAUUUAUUUUUGAUUAAUUAGAGAGAUUAUUAUUAGAACCAUCACACUAAAUUGUAAUUAAUCUAGAUUAAAUGUCUUUUAUGAUGUAACAACUUUUACCACUUUGUAUUCAUUCUCGAUCGAUUUAUACCAAUUAAAAUAAAUGUCUUCCAAAUAAACGAGGCAUCAAAACCGAAAAA